AUGUUGCCACCUGCGAGUUUGCAGAGCCCGGCGGUGGUGAACAGCAAGAGUCGCUGUGGUUGCAGUGGCGGCAGAGGUCGCCUGAGUGUCACCGCGCUGGACCAGUCGCAAACGCCGCGGUGCUCUGCAGAAGGGCAGACGAGCUUCUCUGCGGACAGCACUGUAUUCGCUACCGUCUCCUUGUCCGCCGACGCGUCGCGACCGACGGCGGUGAACUGUGUAAAGGGUGAGCUCAUUGGCAAAGGCAGCUACGGCGCUGUGUACCGCGGUAUGCAGCGCAGCAACAACAGGAUCAUAGCAAUGAAGGAGAUUCGGCUCCCUAGCGCGGUAGAGCAGCAGCUGCGGCAGUCCGAAAAGCUAACGGUGACGGCAGCGUGUCCUGCAGAGUCGCCGUCGUCUCCGGUGCUGCCAGCGUCCAAUUCACUCAAGGGAGAGAGUGCGUUAGCCAAGGAGGUGGAGGCUAUCAAGCGCGAGCUGACGCUGCUCAAGCACAUGAGCCACCCCAACAUUGUCCGCUACCUGAACGACGAGGUGGUCGACGGAACGCUGCGCAUAUACAUGGACUACGUCUCCGGCGGGAGCGUCACGGCAGCGCUCAAGUCGUAUGGCAGCUUUGAGGAGCAACAGGCGGCUGCGCUGUGUUUUCAGCUACUGCAGGGGCUCGCCUACAUGCACCGCCGCGGCAUCAUUCACCGGGACUUGAAGGGGGACAACUUGCUUCUAGAAACGUCUAGUCAGCUCAAAAUUGCGGAUCUGGGCACUGCCAAGAGCAUCAUCUCGUCGGCGACCAUGACGGCAAAUAUUGUCGGAACGGCUUACUUCAUGGCGCCGGAGGUGUUGCAGCCGAAGGGCGCUGCGGUGGGGACGGCGGCGGAUAUAUGGUCCGUUGCCUGCUGCGUGAUUGAGAUGCUCACAGGCAAGCCGCCGCUCUCUGACUUGCCGAAUCAGUUCACGGUGAUGAUGACGAUCGGUGGCUCGGCCACAGUGCCGCUUGACAAGUACAUUCCGGCUGACAACAAGUGGUCCUGCGAGGUGCUGGACUUCAUCUCACAGUGCCUGCGCGCAAACCCGGCAGACAGGCCUACCGCAGUUGAGCUACUGCAGCACAGCUGGUUUGCGAGGCGGCUGAACAUAACGCACGCUCCAUCGGUUGUGUCAACGCCGGCGACGCUGGCCUCCUACCUGACCCCCCCAGUCCCACCCAUCGAGCGCCCCCUCCACUCAGCACCGCAGCGUCACGUGGUGUCUCCAGUAUGCUCGCCUGGCUUGUGUGCGGCACUCACACCGGGCUGCGCCGGGCCACAGUUUAGCGCAGGCCACCCAGGAAGUCGCACUAGCAGCCGCGCCAGCAGGGAACGCAAAGGGAGACGAGAAAAGCGCAUCUCGUUGCGACGCCCCACACGCUACUCGACCAGCGGCGCGACGAGCGCGACCUCGCAGCACUCGCAGGAGAGCUCCCAGGUAAGCACGCCACAAAACAGCAGCAGCACUCGUACACACGACGACUCAGUGCAAAGCAGUUCCUUAACGCGGGCACACAGCCAUCCGGGGAGGCAGCACGACUCCAACCCAAAGCGCAGGAUUCAUUUGCAAAGUUUGGGUCACGGACUUGUUAAGGAGGACUCUCGGCAAAGCUCAAGUGGCGAGUACACGAUGCAGCACCGCACGUGCGCCUCCGGUCGUGGCGGCGGCGGCGGUGACAGUGGCGGGGAUAAUAAAGGCAAAAGUGCGUUUCUCCCUGCCAUCACCCUUAACAGCAGCGUGGCACUGUCGCCGUGUGGCUACUCCUUGGAUACGUUGCGUGGCAGUCGAUCGCUGAAGAACAGUGGAAGCUCGCGAGAGCCGACUAAAGUGUGCUUGUACCCCCCAGGUACGGAGAGCAUGAGUCGCGACUUGAUGAACCUCGGCCAAUGCCUAAGUGACAACCAGAAGUCCUUUUCCCGCGACUUUGGCGACUCAUCUGUGCAGUCCGGCAGCGUCCCCAAAGGUAGUGUAGAGAGCGGGCUGAACACGCGUUGUGCGGAUGGCGACAGCAUAAUCGGCGACCUGGAAGGCACGGGCCAGCGCACUUUGCUUACCAGCAUGUCAUCACGCCUCUCGAACUCGUGCAAAAACCCUCGCGGCAGCGAUAAGGCGAGUUAG